CCAACCAGGAAACAGACUCAGUCUUUUUCUCCGUGGAUCCAAACACAGUGGCACCCAAGGACAGAAGAUAAUCCGAGAAAUAAACAAUACAGCCUCCACAGACUGAGAGGACAGCUUCUGGAGGGAAUACUGGGACUACUGGAAUACUGAAACUUCACCUGUUACUGACGGCACACGGUACAAAGCUUUAGAAAACACAAGUGUCAAAGUGAAAGUAAGUUUCAGAAAGCUCGGAGAAGGAGGGAGUGAAACCUGAGCUGUCUGACCAGUUUGAGCCGGCUGCCUGUCCAGAGUUUUACUUCACUUAGAGGAAAAUGGCGUCUUUUCCCGAGGAGGAUCUGUGCUGUUCUGUCUGCCAUGACGUCUUCAAAGAACCAGUGAUUCUGUCAUGCAGCCACAGCUUCUGUAAAGCCUGUCUGCAGAGCUGGUGGAGAGAGAAGCCGACCCAGCAGUGUCCAGUCUGUAAGAGAAGAUCUUCAAAGAUUGAACCACCUUGUAACUUGGUAUUAAGGAACCUUUGUGAGGCCUUCUUAAUAGAGAGAGAUCAGAGAGCUUCAUCAGACUCUGAGGCUCUCUGCAGUCUGCACUCUGAGAAACUCAGACUGUUCUGUCUGGAUCAUCAGCAGCCAGCGUGUCUUGUCUGCAGAGACUCUAAAAAACACACCAACCACACAUUCAGACCCAUCGAUGAAGCUGCACAAGAUCUCAGGGAAGAGCUCCAGGAAUCACUGAGGCCCUUAAAAGACAAACUGGGGCAUCUUUUGGAUGCCAAGGAAAAUUGGGAUGAAACAGGUAAACACAUCAAGGCUCAGGCUGCAAACACAGAGACGCAGAUACAGAAGCAGUUUGAAAAGCUUCACCAGUUUCUAGAAGAGGAAGAGGAGGCCAGACUCUCUGCACUGAGGGAGGAAGAGAAGCAGAAGAGUCACUGGAUAAAGGAGGAUUUGAAGGCUCUGAGCAGAGAGAUAGCAGCUCUGUCAGAAACGGUUAAAGCCACAGAGGACGAGCUGAGAGCUGAAGACGCCUCAUUCCUGAAGAACUACAAGGCUACAGUGGAAAGAAUUCAGCAGAGCCCCCUGCUGGAGGAUCCACAGCUGCCCUCAGGAGCUCUGAUAGAUGUGGCCAAACACCUGGGCAACCUGAGCUUCAGAAUCUGGAACAAGAUGAUGAACAUGGUCUCCUACAGUCCUGUGAUUCUGGACCCAAACACCGCUGGUGCAGACCUCAGUCUGUCUGAAGAUCUGACCUGUGUGAGACGAGGAGAGAGGCAGAAUGUUCCUGAUAAUCCAGAGAGGAUUAAAAAUUGGUCUGUCCUGAGCUCUGAGGGCCUCAAUGCAGGGACUCACAGCUGGGAUGUCGAGGUUGGACAGAACACAUGGUGGGACGUGGCCGUGUGUGAGGAGCCUGCAAACAGAGUAGAAGACAUAGACUCUGGAUUAUGGAGAAUAUCCUUUGAUGGUGAUCAGUACAGAGCAUGCAACCCGUCACUUCAUCGCGUAGAUCUGUCAGUGAGAGGACGACCUCAGAGGAUCAGAGUGUAUCUGGACUGGGACAAAGGAAAGCUGUCGUUCUCUGAUCCUGACACCAACACACACAUACACACCUUCACACACACUUUCACUCAAAAGCUGUUUCCAUACCUUUGGACUUUUGAAUCACAUCCUCUGGAGAUAUUACCAGUGAAGCUCUGUGUAACGCGCCAGAGGUAGGGGUGCUGCAGCGACCCCCAAAAUCAUGUUCCACUAAUCCCAUCAGCUUUAAAAACAAUUAAAAAACUACAGUUUUUCAUGAUAUGUCGACAUAUAGUAGUCGACACUGACUGGUGUGAUCGCUUUUUUAGCAGUCUGUAUGUUGUUUAUAACGCCUCACACACCUCACACAUUGAAGUGUUUAGAAGAGGUUUUAAAUGCAGUCAUAGCCAUCAAAUCAGUUUGAUUAUGCUGUCAUACUAGGCAGAUUAACUAGAUGCUACCCUAUAUUUUAAAGUUAACUUGACUAUUCUUUUAAAAGCUUUAGAACAACUUCUGAUGUUGCCAAAAUCCAAUUUACCUAAAGAUGCACCACUCAGCUCUGCUGCUCACUUUUGUCUUGAAUUGAGGAGUUGCACUGCAUAAGGUUUAUUUACUAAACAUGAGAUAUGUCUUGCAUAUAGAGAGUAUGUACAUGACGUCAUGUUAGGCGACUGCACUUAGAGCCAGUCGGUGGCAGAAAGUUCGUACUGCUGUCAGGAAUCAAUAAGAAGAGAGCGAAAAUGGAUUUAAUUCAGCUGAAAAGUUCAGUCUUUUCUGUAAAUGAGUCUCUUGAUGAUCUUCUCUGUGGGCAAUAAAUCCUCAGCUGAUGUAAAGUUUUUAUAAAAAGGAUUCACAAGGUUGCGUUGAUGAAGUCACAGGAGGAAGCCAUGCGGUUACAGGAUCACAUACUGUAAACAGUCCAUGCAUAUACAUCACAUCAUGGAGCUUGCAUUCUAACCUACACAUGAUUGAUUGAUAAUAUAAUCAGAACACCCCCUACUGAUAUCUUGUGUUGACGUUUUUAUCAAUCUGCCCUCUUCUCAAAUCAAUGAAGGUUAAGGACAUUUUAUUCUGCUAGCUGUAUGAUGUUUGAUUUGCUUGUUGUGAUCAGUUUCUUUGCUAAAGGGGACAUAUUAUGAAAAAAACACUUUUACAGUGUUUUGAACAUAAAUUUGGGUAACCUGAGUGUCUACAG